UGAGUUUUUCCUUUUUCAGCAAAGGAUCAUUGCUAUGUUCAUGGAAGUGGAUGAUGGGCACAUUAUUAAUCAGAAAUUCCAUUUAAAUAGAGACAUUUACUCAAAUAGAGGGCUAAUUCUCAUGUUUAUACUAUAUUUCUUUAUUCUUCUUUCCUCUUUUUUAUUCUACUUUCUGUUAUUUGCCAAUUUAUUUUUGUUCGUUCUUUUUUUGUGUGUUAAUAACAACGUAUCCAGGUGUCUCCAAUGUUAACUGAUCAGAAAUAUUUCAAUGUCAAUGAAUUCAACGGGAAUAGCAAUGCAAAUGAUGUAGAGGUUCACUCCAGCGAUGAGUCUUCAUCUAUACUAUCCAAUAUCUAUACAUACAAUGCUACUGCUGCCACUACUAAUAAUCACCUUAAUAAUAAGAAAUCACCUUCAGUUCGAUUGUUAACGUUUAAUUUAUGGGGGUUGAAAUAUAUAUCCAAACACCGAGAAGAAAGGAUUAAAGCAUUUGCAGACCGAAUUUAUAAUAACGAUAAGGAUAAAUAUGAUAUAAUAGCAUUGCAAGAAAUAUGGGUUGAAAACGACUGGAAAUAUAUUAAAUAUAAACUUGAGACCAUUUUCCCUUAUUCAAGAUUUUUUUAUUCGGGAAUCGUAUCCGGUCCUGGAUUGGCUAUAUUAUCUAGAAUACCAAUUGAUUCAACGUUUCUUUAUAGGUUUCCCAUAAAUGGAAGACCAUCAGCAUUUUUUAGGGGUGACUGGUAUGUUGGUAAAAGUAUCUCAAUUACAUUAUUGAAAAGCCAUUCACAGAAUUCGUAUCCUAUAGCCAUAUUGAAUUCCCACAUGCAUGCACCAUAUUCAUUAACUGGAGAUGCAGCCUAUGAUUGUCAUCGAGCAUGCCAGGCUUGGGAUUUUUCUAAAUUUGCGAGAUCAUUAAGUAAAAUUGGAUACGCAGUGAUUGUAGUUGGGGAUUUGAAUUCAAGGCCGGGCUCCUUACCACACAAGUUCUUGACAGAAGAAGGUAAACUACAAGAUAGCUGGGAGAUAUUAAAUAUGAAAAAGAAAAAUUUGCCAAUUUCGUUGGAAGAGAUUAAAAAUCUAUCACCCAAUUUGCAGAUAACAGUUGGAGGAACAACAUGUGAUUCAGUAUUAAAUACUUAUAGAAGUUAUUUACCACCAGAUAGAGCAUGUAGAUUAGAUUAUGCAUUGGUUAAUAAUCGAAUUGAGCCAAUUAAUGCUGAAGUCCAAUUCACUGAAGAGAUUCCAAAUAUUGGAAGUUAUUCUGAUCAUUUCGCAUAUUAUGUUGAAUUUAAUGUCAAAAAUGUUGCCAAUAAUAAUAAUAAUAAUAAUAAUUUUCAAUUUGAAAAUUCAAAUGAAUCUCAAAUUUCUAUAUCCAAAGAGAAGAAUAACGUUUAUGACCGAGUUCAAAACUAUAAAGAGUUUAAAUUAUUGAUUAAAGAUUAUCAAGAAAAAACUAAUAAAACGAAACAGUUUUAUUGGAGAAUUUGUCAUGUUAUUGCAUCCAGCAUCGCAAUUAUUUUCUUUCAUUUCAUUAUACCUGCUGCUAGCGAAAUGUCUAGUUUUUUGUCCUUUUUGAUAUUGUUCGUAAGCACGGGGUUAACUGUGUCAAUUAUGGCGAAUGCAAUGAUACUAUUUUUCUUCUUACCAAGCGAAUACAGAGCGUUGGAAGAAGUUAAGCAAGAGGUGAUUGAUCAGGAGAGAAGUUUAAGUGAACAUAUUAAAGAAUUAUUAACUACGGAUUAUCAUUGAUGACGAAAAAAAAACUGUGAAUUAUUACCAAAUUUAUCUAUUUGCUGAUCCUAUUUCUUGAUAAUUUGAGUCUCUUUUAUGUUUUUCAUUCUCAUUUUUGUUUUUCUUU